AUGUACGUGGUUCACCAUUUCUUACUGGUAUUCCUUGUAGAAACUCAAUGGACUACAUUUACAAAUGGCUUAAUAAUAAACGAAACAAAACUAUCAUUUAAACCGACUUCGAUUGCUGUAGACAAUAUAACAGGGAAUGUAUACGCGGCAGGAUCUUUUUAUUUAGCUCGUCUGAACUCCAAUUUAAAGCAACUCAAUCAGAUUAAAAUUUGUAAAACUUGUAAAAGUAGAGUCUUAGAAAUAGAUUAUAGAACUCGUAAACUCCUAGUUUGUGGAGUUUCAGACAAGGGAUCGUGUACAUACCAUAAUUUAAACAAUAUAUCAAAUUUUACUAUGUUAACUUCUCGAAAUAACAAGGGUGAUACUGUUGGUUCAAAUGGAAGUGUUGUGGCAUUAUUUUUACCUCCAUCACAAAGAAAGCAUAGCGAGCUUGUCAUGGGAAUAUCUCAACCACUUGAAAAUCAAAUCGACCUUUUGUCCUUCCGAAAGAUUGCUUCUGGACAUUUAACUUAUUUGCAAGCUGGAUCCAAUGGAAAGCUUCGGAUUUCGGACGAGUUUAGAAAAGACGUUAAAGUGCAUUUUGUAUACGGAUUCCAAUUUAAAGAUGGAUUGUACUUCCUCGUUAAUAAAAGGGGUAAAAAUGGUACUUCAAGUUGGCUGUUUCGUAUUUGGUAUAACGAGACAUCUGUUUAUCCAUUUACUGCUAUCCCUAUCUCAUGUACAGAGAAAAGAUCAGAAGGCAAUAGUAAAACACAUGAAAAAAAGUAUAAUUUGGCAAUCGCAGGGAAAUUGUACGAGCAUCCCUCACAUGAAAGCCUUGUUGUUAGUUUUGGUUACAAUAGAGACAAGGGAACUCAUAUCCCCGAUGAAAAGUUCGGAUCGAGUGUAUGUAUGUUCAGAAUGGAGGAAAUUACAAAAGACAUGAACUUUCUUUCAUCAAAAUGUGGACUCGAAACCUUUGUUACUGCAUCUGAAUGGGUCAUAGGACACGGAACAGUUGGUUAUAAUGAUAUGACUAACUCCUCAUGUAAGCAAGGCUAUAAUAAUGCACUUGAAGCAAUUGAAGAAGGCAGAGAUUUCAAUCCAGUUAAGGUAGUAAAGAAUCAACUUAUAACAUCAGUUAUACCAUUUCCUGUUGAUGGUCAGUUACAUAUUAUAAUAUCAACGAACCCUGGUCAACUAUAUUAUUACUACAAAACAAAGGAUGAAAAAUAUUGGUUUGAAAUUCCCAAUGAGAAGAAUGGAUUCCUAGCAGAUGUUGAAAUAAAUACAAAAACCAAGACAGCUUAUACAAUAACAGAGAACAAGGUCGUGAAGAUAUCAUUGGAUUAUUGUCAAAAAAACUUGAAUUGUAGUACUUGUGUCCAGGAUAGCAAGUUUAUGUGUGUUUGGUUUAAGGGUCAAUGCUUUGCCACAGACAGAAAUACUGGAGGUUUAGAAAACACAUGUCCACCAGAAAUAACUUCUAUAGAUCCCAACCAUGGCGUUAAAUCAGGAAACAAUCGUAUUAAAAUACAUGGUAAUUAUUUAGGGAAUAGCGUGAGAGCUUACAGAUCUGUCAAAUUGUGUUCAGUACCAUGUAUUGUCAACAAUGCACUUUCAACCUCUUCAACGAUAGUCUGUAAGACUGAAAGUGCGUCCAAAGAAGAAAAAUGUGCUGUAACAGUUGAUAUAAAUGAUACAGAGAGCAGUCCUCAUAUGAAAGGUUCGGUGAAUAGUGGUAAUAAUUCCAAGCUUUAUUUCUAUUUUAAGUCUGCCAGUAUAACUAGUUUUAAUCCAGAACUUGGUCCAGAAUCUGGUGGUACCAACAUUACAGUAAUAGGGAAGAACCUUGAUUUAACUAAAAGAGUUGAUAUUAAAAUCAAAGAUUUAAGUUUGCAGUGUCAAAUAAGAAGUAUAAAUGAUACAGUUUUACUGUGCACGACCAAACCACUUAAGCAAAAUCAACAGAACAGAAACACUAAUGAAUCAAUCGGAUGUGGUACAUUAGCAUUGAUGAUGGAGAAUGCCGUCUUAGCUGAGACCACUGGAACAUUUUGUUAUUGGAAAGACCCACAGAUAACAAAUGUACAUCCUCGGAGAAGCAUUAAGAGUGGUGGUUUGGAUGUCAAUGUUGAAGGAACAAAUUUGAAUGUAAUAGCUAAUCCAAGGCUCGGUAUUACUCUAGACAAUAGUGAGAUUCAACCAGAGGCAGAGGAUUGUAAAGCAAGGACAUCCACAACGAUGAUCUGUAAAACACCCGGGUUGACAUCAGUCGUUCCUAAUGACACAUCUGUCAGCGGUGAUAUUUACUUUAUAAUGGAUGGUGUCAAGGAACUUCAGGACUUUGCUAAAACCCAUCCUAAUUUAAGUCAGAUUAAAGUUAAUCCAGAUCCAGAAUUUUCAUCUGUUCCAAAGGACGGACUGGUGGAUAGCCUAGAAAAUGAUCUUAGCAUUAAGGGUACCAAUAUUAAAGAAUCUGAAGUUGAAACUAAGGAAAUUCAAGUUACUAUCACUAGCAGUGCCGGUACAAACAUCACAUGUCCUGUUAUCAAAUUGGGCGAGGAAGCAGUAUCAUGUAGACCAAAUCUUACUUCAGCGGUCAAUGAGACUCAAUUUGUGGUCCAGGUGAAAGUGGGUAAUCGUUAUUAUAAAGUUGGUAAUAUAUUUGUAAAUCCGAAAGGCAAAAUAUCACCGGAAGUACCAGACAUACCUAAAAAAAUAACACAAUAUGCUAUAGUAGUUGGAGUAGCCACGUCUGUGGUUGUCUGUAUCAUUCUGAUAGCUUGCUUGAUAUGGUGUGUCUGUAGACAGAAAAAGGACGACAAGAUGCGACAUAUGUUUAUUGAAAUGUCUGAAAGUGCUGCAGACAGCCAUUUGAUUAUUAGCGGAGUGCAACAAGUUAAACGUCUGAUGGAUGCAUCAACAAUUAUGAAUAUUGAAAAGGCAAAUUUGUUCAUAAAUAGAGAAAAACUUAUUAUUGGAGAAGUUAUUGGUGCAGGCAACUUUGGUUGUGUUUGUGAAGGGACUUUGCUGGAGGAAGAUGACAUAGAACUGAAAGUAGCUGUAAAAACGCUACAAG